UUAUCAACAGACAAAAAAAAACUAUUGUGUGAUAAAUAAAAAUGGAAGAUACGAUAUUGUAAGAUAAAAUACGGAAGUGAUGUGAGAGAUAUAACUCGUGAUGAAGUUUCGAUUCGGAUAAUGUAAAUAUGCAAUGGAGCAGAAACCAGGGUUUCUUUAAUGCUAGUCUUUAGCCUGAUAUUAGGUAUUAAUGCAGAAGUAGAUGUGAAAAUUUUCUUGUGAGUGCUUUUAAAAUCAAUUAAUUUUACUACUGUUUCAACACUACCGCCAUUUAUAACUUUUCAAUCAAGUCAUCAUGUAUAAAACGGAAUUUUCAAUCGUAUGGAAAAUCGAAGAUUUUUCUUUUUGUAAUGAGAAAACUGAUCAAUACUUCAACAGCCCUGACUACAAUAUUCCAAGUUUGACGGAUCGUACAUGGGGACUUCGUUUAUAUCCAAGAGGAAAAACUGAAGAAACAACAAAUUUCAUUUCCUGCUUUCUAUAUAUACGGGGAUGGGAUAGUUUUCCUGCUUUUGAUGUUGAGAUUAAAAUACUUGGACCUACUGGUGAGGUCUUAAAGACAUUAAAAUUGUGUGAUAAUAAAUCGAGCAAUAAAGAACAUAAAUGGGGAAGUGCAACAUUCCUUCCUGCCAUGGCCGUUACCCAAGAUGCUCGCAAUAGCACUGAAGAUAGUCUGACUAUUUGUUGUAAGGUGCAUGGUAAAAAUCCUACUGCAGAUGUUUUUGAUGAACGCAUUGCUCAUACUAAAAUUGGUGUUGAUCGACAGUUAAUUAAAUGUCACUCUAGGUAUAGUGAAGGAAGAAUGGUGUUCCGCACUCAUUCAGAAUACUUUAAAAACAAAUAUUUUAAGUUCUCCAUUGCUUCAAAGCAUAAUAACCUCAUUGUAUCGAUGUGGAAACCACGCAAUCGAUUUUAUUGGUUUGUGGUUACAUGCAAAAUAACUAUGCUGAAUAUGAAGAACUAUGAAACCUGCUCAGAAACAUACAGACAUUUCUUUGAGGAAAAAGAAUGCACAAUAACAAUACCUUUAGCCAUAUUUUUAAAUGAACUGAAGCGAAACGCUGUAGAAUACCAACACUCCAUGAUAAAAACUGUUUAUUUGACAGCUGAAUUCUCCUAUUCUAACGGAAUUUAUACACACUUUAUUCCAAAUAACAAAUCCUUUCGAACCAAAAUUCCUUCCAUAAAGGAUGAUCUACGAGCCUUAUUUUAUAACAAAAAAUUUUGCGAUGUGAAAUUGCGAGUGGAUAACCAAGUUAUCGAAGCCCAUAAAAAUGUUCUGGCAGCCCGUUCUCCAGUUUUUGCUGUCAUGUUUGACCAUGGUAUGACUGAAACGCAGAUGGGCAUUGUUGACUUUGUUGAUACCGAUAUUCAUAUUUUGAAUUUAUUUUUGCAGUUCUUGUACACGGAUACAGUGGAUGAAAUGGAUUAUGAAGUCGCAAUGAAUCUGUUGAUGGUGGCUGAAAAAUAUCAAGUUCUGUCGUUAAAAGAAAAGUGUUGUAUGUUUUUAAAAACUGAAAUGUCCAUUGAAAACGUGUGUGAUAUAUUGUCUUUGGCUAAUGCAGUCAAUUACGAAUAUUUGAAAUCAGCGUCUGUAGACUUUAUAAUUGGAAUACCAGGGAAUGUUUUGCAAUCACCAAAAUGGGAAACAUGGAAGAAAAACAAUAAGGAAUUGGCGAGAGCAAUUUCCUUUCAAUUAUACUUAAAUGCAUCUUCACGAAAAGCUAAUAUGUGCGGUAUUAGUUAAAUUUUGAACUCUGUUUUAUGGAUACCUUAAUUCCUUUAGAUGUUACUCAAAGGAACCUUGAAGCUUUGUCACGAUAUUCAUGGAAAGUGUAAAAUAAUAGAACAGUAAUACUGGAACUCACAUAACAGUCUAGCAACCUUGACCAAUAUUUCCAGAACAGCUAAAAUCCUGUAAAACUGUGGUUCUGUAAAUUUGCAAAACAAUAGUGCCAAGCUGAAAAGAACAUUUACAUUUUUUCCCCCAAUGCCCACCUGAAGAAUGACUUACGUCAUACAGGCAUCUGAAGGGCAGAUUUGCUGGCCACUCUUUCAUCGGCACCAUAUUAGGUGGGCCAACGUAGCUCCCACAGUAAGGACAGAUAGUUCAGAGAAGGAAAGAACAUCUAUGCCUUGCCUGGGACUCGAAACCUGAACCUUUCUGAUGCAAGGGCAGUUCCCUAACCCCUACACAAGCCGGUCGGCAAGAACAUUUACUUGGAACGCCGAAUUCAAUUUCCACUUCAUACUUCAACCUUAAUUGCUUAAAAAAAUGAAGAAAAUAAACACGAUAUGGCAAUCUGAUCUUAUUUUCAUUGUGUUUUUAUUACUUUUUUCCCCACCUCACUUAGGUGUGCUUCUAAAGUCUGGAUAUAACUUAUUAAUAACAAUAUGUGAUAGUGUAACCUUUAUGUAAAUGAUUUUUCGUUUCACUAAAACGUGAAAUAUUUGAU